AUGUCGACCUCGGUAGGAGCACCCCAGCAGUAUAAGCAGUCUUCUCGAAAGGGCAAGAAAGCUUGGAGGAAAAAUGUUGAUGUGACGGAAGUGCAAGAGGGGCUUGAACAGGUUCGAGAGGAAGUGAUUAAAGGAGGAGUACUGGCUGAGAAGCCAUCUGAGGAACUGUUCACACUCGAUCCCACGGGCGAUAAAGAAGCCCAGCAAGAGGUCCAGAAAAGGUUCAAAUCCCUACGCGCGGAUGAAAUUCUCGCCCAGCGUUCAGCUAUAAGUGCAAUCGAUAGCCGUAAACGACCCUCCAACUCCAGAGUUACAGAUGGAAUCAUAGAGCCCAAGACAAAGAGAAGUCGAAGCGAUUGGGUAACUAGAGAGGAAUGGUUACGCUUGAAAAAGGUGGCACAAGAAGCAAAACUUGACGAAUCAUCAAUGCAACAUGACAUUUCUCAUGACCCAUGGGCUGUGGAUAGUGAAAAGGAGAAGAAAUUUUCCUUUUUGGAGGAGAAAAAACCGAUCGUUGCCCCAAAGACCUUGUCUGAGGCUCCCGUUUCACUCGCAGCAAAUGGCAAGAAAAUACCUUCCGUUAUAAAACCCAAAGCGGGAACAAGUUACAACCCAUCUUUCCAGGAAUGGGAUGAACUUCUGACAAAAGAAGGGGAGAAAGAAGUUGAAGCUGAGAGAGCACGGUUAGAGGAACAGAAAAGAGAGGCGGAGCGCAUCGCGCGCAUUGAAGCGGCGGAGGGUGACGAUGGUCAGAUUAAAUCCGAUGAUGAAAGUGCAUGGGAAGGAUUUGAAAGUGAAUAUGAGAACGAGUCAAUAAAGAAGAAGCGGCCCGAGAGGAAAACUAAGGCACAGAGGAAUAAGAUUCUACGGAGGAAAGAGGCAGAGAGAAAAGCGAAGGCGGAGGCUAAUAUAAAGAAACGAGAACAGCAAGCCGCGCAAGCUAAAGCUAUCACAAAACAGAUUACAGAGAAGGAGAAGGCGAAGUUAGCCAUGACCAAGGCAGAGGAAUCCUCAGGGGAUGAUGAGCCAGCUCUUCGCAAACGACCAUUCGGUGGCAGAACACCUGUACCCGCCAAACCGCUGGAGCUAGUUCUCCCAGAAGAGCUUAAAGACUCCCUCUUGCUCCUCAAACCAGAAGGUAACCUACUAGGUGAUCGAUAUAGAAGCCUAAUGUUGCAAGGUAAACUAGAGGCGCGCAAUCCGAUCACCCAGAGUAAAAAGGCAAAGAGGAAAGCUACGGAAAAAUGGACCUACAAGGACUUCAAAGUCCCGUCCGUUUAA